ACCGUGCCCGAGAGCACUUUCUGUGUUUGUGUUUCUUCUCACUCCUGUGUCUUCUUGAAAUAUAAAUGACGUUUAACUAGACAGUGAACUAGGUGUCAGCAGGUAAUAAGAUCUCUCUGGGUCAACAUGAUAGUGCUGGUCAAGCUCAGCGAGGUCACUCACAGGCCUCAAUGGAGGGAGGUGACAAACUGAAGAGCCGCCGAUGUUCCUGCCACUUUAUAAAGGGGCUUUUUCAGCAUUUCUUUAAUAGGAUUUUCAGAUGAGUUACUGCAGUUCAAACAUUGCAGACAGGCCAAGUCUCACUAAAAAGUGCAAAGAAAGUCUAUGAAACCAAACGUCAAAUAUAAUUGCAAUUAACAAUGAAUAUUUUGUUAAACGUGACACUAAAUUUGAAGCAUGAAGAUGAGACAAUGACAGUACAAAUGAGGAAAAAAACAUUGUAUUUAAUGAAAUGAGUAACAAUAAGAGUGUGUGUGUGCGCGCUGCACAUGCAAGGAUGUGCUCUGUAACUAUGAAUGUCAGACAUGGAGAUGAAUGAGGCUCUAUUCAGUCUAGAAAAUGAUAUUACUGAGAGGAGAUAUAGAUGGAGAGAUGUCAUAAAUAACUAAAUAAGAAUGACUAAUAAUAACAAAGAUAAUGAUAAUAAGGACAGUAAUAGUAAAUACGGGUAAACACAUAAAUAAAAGGAACAGAGAAAUAGGGUUAUGCAUAAUAAUUGAGUAAAAACUAUAUCUGUAAUUGGCUUGGAUUUGGCCUUCCUCGCCACAUCACCUGCUCCAGAGGGUCCCAAGAAUGACAAUAAUAGCAAAAUUACUUGUUUUGCCAUUAUUAUACUUCAAGCUUAUUUUUAUUCAAGGUUUGUGAGUACACAAUGUCUUUGUUCUAGUUUGAACAACAGACCUUUUACCAGGUAAGUGUUACCUUACCUGGUAAAAGCUUAAAGUUUAACUUUGGUUCACUAUUACGACCUUUUUUCUACAUAGAAGAAUUUUCAAUAGGCUGGACUGUGUCCAGUUUCCUAAGCUUCCCUGAGGCUAACAAAUGAGGGGUGGUGACAUGUCCUGUAUUUACUACAAGCGAGGUAAACAAGUUCUUCAAGUCCCUGUUGCUCUAUAACCUUGGUUGCUCAUAAACUGUGUCCAGACUGCUCUCUGGACUCCCUGCAGGGUACUUACAGACAGCAGCUCCCCCUCCCACACACCCUACAUCAAGAACCAUGGCGUUGCGCCCACGCGCUUCCUCCCAGCCUUUAAAGCUUACCUUCUUUCAGAGUUCUAAGCUAAAUUCGUUCCUGCGACCUCGAGCUGUUUCGUCACAGUCAGGCUCCAUGCUGGAAGAUGAGCUCUCCUGUCCUAUAUGCUGUGAAAUCUUCAAGGACCCGGUAGUGCUCAAGUGCAGCCACAGUUUCUGUCGGGCCUGUCUUCAGCAGUUCUGGAACAAGAAGAAGGCCAGGCGUGAAUGUCCUGUCUGCAGGAGGAAGUGCUCGCUGACUGAGCCCACAGUCAGCUUGGCUCUGAAGAAUGUGGCCGAAACCUUCCUGAAGGAGCACGGGUGCAGGGGAGCCACAGCGGGAACUGGGGCUGGUGAUACAGGGAAACAAGCAGUGACAGUAGAUUUUAAGUGCAGUACACAUGAGGAAGUUCUCAAACUCUUCUGUCUGGAUGAUUUUGAAGUCCUGUGCUGUGUGUGUCACACCUCCAAGAAGCACCUCGGACAUCGAGUGUGUCCCAUAGAAGAAGGUGCUCAGGAUCUUAAGGCAGAGCUGAAAAAUGAGCUGAUUCCUCUGAAGAAAAACCUGCGUUGCCUCUAUGAAGCCAAGCAGGAGUGUGAUGACACAACUGUGCACAUCAAGAACCAGACUCAGGCCACAGAAAAGCAGAUAAAAGAGGAGUUUGAGGAGCUGCGGGAGUUUCUCCGGAGGGAGGAGGAGGAACGGCUGGCCACUCUGCAGAAAGACGAUAAGGAGAAGAAAGAGCUAGUGAAGAAGAAGUCUGACAGCAUCGCCAGAGAUAUCCUCACCUUCUCCCAUGCUGUCAUUGCCAUUGAGAACGAGAUUGCAUCCAAUGAUGUUAAUUUCCUUCAGAAUUAUACAAACACAAAGAAAAGAGCACAGAUCCCACCCAAGAAUCCAGAAAAAGUCUCAAGUGCUCUUAUAAAUGUGGCCAAGCAUGUCAGUUCCCUCAAGUACCAUGUGUGGGAGAAAAUGGUGGAUCUGGUUCAGUACACACCCAUCACCUUGGAUCCUAACACUGCCUACUCCUGGUUAUCCCUCACCUCGGAUUUGACCAGUGUGGCCAACAGCGGAUCCCUGCAGCAACUCCCGGACAAUCCUGAACGGUUUGGUCAUUUUGUGUUUGUUCUGGGCUCAGAGGGUUUUACAUCAGGCCGUCACGCCUGGGAGGUAGAGGUGGGCGACAAAGUGGAGUGGAUGCUCGGGGUGGUCAAAGAGUCCAUUGACAGGAAGGGCCGCAUCUCGGGCUGUCCCGAGGGCGGCUUUUGGAUGGUCUCAUACUUUGAGGGGGAGUACUCAGCCAUGACGAGGCCCAGCACCCCGCUGCAUCUGGAGGGGAAGCUAACUCGAGUAAGGGUGCAGCUGGACUACGACUCUGGAGAGGUCAUCUUCUCCAACCCUGUCAAUAUGACACCCAUCUACACUUUCAAUGACUUCUUCACUCAGAAGUUGUACCCCUUCUUCUGCCCUGGUGCUAACAUCAACGGAAACAACCCCAAACCUCUUAAAAUCUGCCCCGCCAAGGUGGCUGUGUGGAACAGCGCGACGUGGUGAUUAGUGAGGACCUUAGAAAGGACAUCAGUAGAAUUGAAAUUCAUUAUAUGACCCAAGUGUGAAUCAAAUGAUUAAGCAAAUUAUGUCAGUGCAUGAUUGUUGGUAAAAUGAGCACGACACAAGCUGAGUGAUGACAGCAGUAAUUGGUUUAUUUCACUUGGGUUCAUUUAGUGAUUGACUGCAGGUUACGAAGCCAAAAGAGGCUCUUUAGAGUGAACAAGGGGACGCAGUUGCAAUAAUUAUGCAGCAAGGCUCCAUUAUACUUCUCAGCCAGGCAGGCUGUCACACUAAGCAUCUCCUGCCUACUGUCAUGAACAUCAAUAUCCCCCUAGUGGUUCCUCACACUGGAACACAAUUAUUUUCACUUCUAGUUCAAAAAAACACAAACAACCUCAUGCGAGUGUCACAGAUGAUUUGAGUUCUGCUUUUUCCUGCCCGGGUCAAAUGUGACACAGAUCUGUCAUUCACUGCCGGUAUAAUCAUUAGAACACACACUUUCACUCAUCUGACCUGGACUUUUUUCAUUCGUGAUCAUUCUGAAUUUAAUGGCUUUGCAACAACUGUUUUAUAAAAUAUUAUACAGUUUUAGUUUAUCUAAGUGUGUCUUUAAGUCUUUAAGUUUUGUACAGUGACUCCUGCAACAGCUUGUUUUCCAUGCAAUGAUGACGCAUACACGCAACCAUUGUUUGUAUAAAUGCUGAACAUAAUUGCUUGGUAAUUGUCCUUAAUUAAUAAAAUGAUCAUAUUCUGAGA